ACGACCAAGGCUCUUAUAAGAAGAAGAGCGUGCAAAAAUUAUGAUCAUACGAUAUGGACAUGGAGCAAAAGAAGCAUUUUGUACUGGUCCAUGGGGCUUGCCAUGGGGCGUGGUGCUGGUUCAAGAUCAAGCCGCUGCUGGUGGCCGCAGGGCACCGCGUGACGGUGCUCGACAUGGCGGCGUCGGGCAUUGACAUGAGGCCGAUUCAGGAGGUGCAGUCGAUUGUAGAGUAUUCGGAGCCUUUGUUGAAGGCAUUGGCCUGUGUAGCUCCUAAUGAAAAGGUGAUUCUUGUUGGUCACAGCCUUGGGGGCAUCAACCUGGCCGUCGCCAUGGAGCACUUCCCUCACAAGAUUGCCGCUUCUGUUUUCUUGACUGCCUUUGUUCCUGAUACCGAUCACUCCCCUUCCUAUGUCUUGGAUCAGUACAACAAGCAAAGUCCUGCGGAAGCUUGGCUAGACACUCAGUUUUGUCCUUACGGAAACGCAGCUGAGCCUUUAACUUCAAUGUUCUUCGGCCCCAAUUUCAUGGCCAAGAAACUCUACCAACUCUCCCCUCCAGAGGAUUUGGAACUGGGGCUGAAUCUGCUGAGGCCAAGCUCGCUGUUCAUACAAGACCUGUCAAAGGCAAAGAACUUUUCAAAGGAAAAGUACGGAUCGGUCCCUAAAGUGUACGUGGUUUGUACAGAAGACAAAGCCAUCCCCAAAGACUUCCAGCAGUGGAUGAUUCUCAACGCUGGGAUCCAAAAUGUGAUGGAAAUCAACGGCGCAGAUCACAUGGCCAUGUUUUCCAAGCCUCGCGAGCUUCUCCACUGCCUCCUUCAGAUUGCUCUCAAUUAAGCCAAAUUAAUUUCAACAGCGAUAUUUUAUGUCGAUUAGUUCUGGCUUUCGGAUUGCUGAAGAUAUUAUUAAUUAUUAUGAUAUGGAGAAAUUGUGUAUGUGGUCGAUGAUGAAGAUCUAAUCAUUGGUACAAAAAUCUAGUAAGAUAUUUCCAAAAAGAAUAAUGGUUUCCAAAUUGAUAUAAUUAAUUAAUACAAAUAAGACAUAUAAAGCUGAGUGGGAAUUCAAAUUCAACUUUAUUAUUCAUAACACUUUCAUUAGAGUUGUGAACUUGUUCUUGAUCCUCUCUUUGGAGAGGGAUUAUUUCACCUAUCCAAGCUUAUUAAGCUUCUUCAAUGUAUUUGAUACUUGGGGUUUUUGCUUCA